UAUGCUUUAACAAACCGUGAACACAUCUUUACAAAGAACAGAAUUUACGCUCGAGUCAAACGGCGAAAUUCUCUCGUACUCCGGAAGUGAGUUGUCAGAUUCUCAAAGUCAUCGCUGGUCUUUGUAGUUCAGCUCACGCCGGAAGUAGGUUAUUUUUAAUGCUAAGAAAACGAGCGGUGAACUACAUUUUGUUUUUAGAGACGUUUUUACGGUCACAGGAGUUGGCUUGUGGAAAAUGUAGUCUUUUCCGUGCAUUUCAGUACUGCACGUAUCGCUAUUCAAACUACAUAACCCAUAAAAGCUGCUAUUUAGGCAAAAGGGCAAUGUACAGUUAGUUAGCCUGUGAGCUAUAUUCAAAGCUAAUUUGUUAGCUAACAAUGUCAGAAGGGGACAGUGUUGGGGACUCGAUCCAUGGGAAGUCAUCUGUUGUUGCUGCCUUCUUCACAAGGACUGGACAGAUCUAUCAGUCAUGGCUGGACAAGUCGACGCCAUAUUAUGCAAUGCGAUGGGUGGCAACUCUACUACUUACUGCAGUCUACAUGAUCAGAGUCUACCUACUACAGGGCUGGUAUAUAGUCACAUAUGCCUUGGGUAUCUACCACCUUAACCUCUUCAUUGCUUUUCUAUCACCGAAAGUGGAUCCUUCACUGCUUGAUGAAGAUGAAGGCCCAUCCCUUCCUACCAAGCAGAAUGAGGAGUUCCGCCCCUUCAUCAGGAGGUUGCCUGAAUUUAAGUUCUGGCAUUCUGCAACGAAAGGCAUCGUCAUCGCCAUGAUUUGCACAUUCUUUGAAGCCUUUAACGUGCCAGUCUUCUGGCCUAUACUUGUAAUGUACUUCAUCAUGCUCUUCUGCAUCACCAUGAAAAGGCAGAUCAAGCAUAUGAUCAAGUACAGAUACAUACCCUUCACACAUGGGAAGAGAACGUACAAAGGCAAGGAAGAAACAGGGAAAACCUUUGCUAGUUAAAAAUCCCUCUUAGCCCCCUCCCCCACCACUCUACUUUCAUCUUUUCAAAUCUGACAGUCAUGGCUGUUGGGAAGUAAUAAGAGUUAGAGAUUUUCCUUCUUUUUUUGUAAGUUGAACAGUUACAUGACAAAUAAUCAAACCCCACAUGAUCUAUUGUUCACGAUGCUGGAUGAAGAUAUUACCAGUCUGGAUCACCUCAGUCUAGGCCUUAGCCUUUUUUUGAAGGACCUGCCUGGUUCUCAUUGAUAGGGUUUGUUAGCAUUUGUCAUACAGUAGUAGAAGGAUGAGAUUCAGUGUUGCCUUUUUUUUUUUUUUACAAUUUUUCACCCCGCGGGGUAAGUAUGACGUCACCAAUAAUUAAAAAAAAAUAAGGCUUUUUAAAAAUGUUCUGUUAAUAAAUUCACUAUUAGGGCGAAUCCAGUUAAAAUAACAUUGCCAAGUACUGUUUAUUUGUAACAAGUUCUGUGGAGAGUCAGUAGUGUUAUUAUAGAAAAAAAAUUGUUUGGAAUGAAACGUGAAGGAUAUGCACCAAUCUUGAAGUCCGAGUGUGAAGCGGAUCUGACUUUAAAGUGUGUCUGUUUUUGUGUUUUGUCCUCUGUACAAAUGCAGAGAUUCGGAAUGUGCGUAUGCAUAUUGGCGUGUUAAUAAUAAACUCAUUAUUUUUUCAUACCGCGGAUUAUUUAAAAUCUCUAACUAGCAUCCACCACAAAUGCAUAUUUUUUGUAACGUUGAUAAAGUGGCAGUGACACAAAUCUCUCGUUUGUUAUUAUUUUCAACCUUGUCUUCUGAGUGUGUCGUCUCUCCCCUUUAGUUCCCUCUAGUUUAUUCACUGCUUUAAUGACAGUUUUUCAUUUUAAGUUACGACACAGUAGAAUCCUGUUUAAUAUAAAAUCAGACUCCAUUUUACCACAGGGACCUUUUCACUUUGAAACUGUCUUGUUUCAAAGAGUAAGGUCCAUUGAGUUUGUGUUAAAGUUGUUGCAGUAACCGCUGAUAAUCUGUGAUUGUUUCUGAAAAAAAGUUUAGUAGAAAAAAACAACAAAGUCAUUCCAAGCAAACUGUUGUUCUCUUUCUUUUGCAGAGGAGACAUAGGAAAAGAGAACAUUUAUAAAAUACAAAUGGAUGAAGUCGAGGGCGAUCACACUUUUCCUCUCUGUAAAUCAGUUGUUGUUUUAUCAAAAUGUUGGGGAUUUAUCAUGUCAUGUUACAUUUGAUCAACACUGUAGUAAACAGAUCUCAAGCUUUUCCUGUAAAAAGUUAGUUUCAAAGGAUUGUCUGGAAGAUGUGUGUAAAUAUAUAAAUAUAUUUUAAAGUAUGAUUUUUUUUUUUCUUUCUUUUAAUCACCAUACUCUUUUCUGAUGUUUAAUUUGUAUUUGUUUCACCCGAAUUUGACAAAACUAGGACUGGUUUAUUGGGUCUAAAUUUAAUUAAAUUAAACAUGUUUACCAUGAAUUGCAUGUUCUUGUUUUCUUGUGAUACAGUUAUUUAAAAAAAAAAAAGAUUUUAAUAGCUGUGUAAUUUUUAUCACUCCAAAUGCUAUUAAAGAGGCUGUCCCUUCUAUCAGUA